AUCUGCAGCUUCUUCUUCUUCGCGACAGCGCUGCUGCGUUAAAGGUUUGGAAAGAGAGGGAGAGAGAAGAGAGAGAGAGAGAGAGAGAGCUUGAGGAGGUUCCCAUUUUGUCAUAUAUCAUGGCAACCUCCGGCUUGGCCUCGGCUGCUUCGAGCUUCGUGCUCGCCUCCAGCCUUCCUACCGCUGCCAUCAACACACCCUCGCGUGUCAGCUUCGUUACCUUCUCCAGGCCAAGUAGAAAGUUGGUGGUUCGAGCCGAAGAGGCGGCGGCUCCGCCACCGCCCCCCCCGGCAGAAGCGGGAGAGAAGGCAGUUGCCAAGCCUCCGCCGCCGCCACCAAUCGGUCCAAAGAGAGGCGCGAAGGUGAAGAUUCUGCGAAAGGAAUCCUACUGGUACAAAGGCAUUGGAUCGGUUGUGACUGUGGACCAGGAUCCCAAGACUCGCUAUCCCGUCGUGGUUCGAUUCAACAAGGUGAACUAUGCCGGCGUCUCGACCAACAACUACGCUUUGGAUGAAAUCCAGGAAGUGUAAUCAGUGACUGCUGCUUGUGCUUUGCUAAGAAUGAUUUGAUGGAGUCUCAUGUCUGUAUAAUACAUGUUUAUGCAAACUCUUGUACUUAAGUUUCUUAAGGUUUCGAUCCAGUUUAGCUUCAAA